GUGGGGUGUGGGGCUGUGUGGGGGGCAUGUGUAUGUGUGUGUGUCCUAAGAAUUUUGUUUGUACAGAGAUUUAAAAUAGAAUUGGGUAUUUCUUAAGUCUUAAAGACCCCUUUUUCAAGUCUUGAAACACACUGGUAAUUGACUGCGGUCUUAAUCUUGACAGAUCUUAGAGAAAAACAUCCAUGUAACAUCAUGGAUAUUUUUAUUUGCCAGCUUAUGUGUGACAAACCUAAAUCCUAAAUGUUGUUGUCAUGAUUCCUUUCUUUAAAAUUUUAAAGCAAAGAAAAUUUGGGAGUUAUGGUUUUAUUUAUUUCACCAAUUGAUAAUUCCAAUACUUUCUCUAGUCUCUUCCCCUAAUAAACAUUAUUCUAAGGAUUUCCAUUUUAAAAAAUACUGAAACUUGAGGAGGGACCGUGAGACGACAUCAGUGAUAAUGUAGGUUGACUGUAUGGUUAUUCUCUGUGUUAACUAAAAGCGUUGGUCAGGAGGGUCUUUCAGGCGGAUUAGUCUUUAAGAAGGUGACAUGUGUCAGUCAGGCCUGGCUCGUAGAGGCCCUGGGGUAGGCGACAGGUGUUUACUCACAGACAUGACAGUUCUUCCUUCUGUGGAGUAUGGUUCUGUGCUGUGGUGUCCAGCCGGCAGUGUGAAAACAGGAAUGGGUCCAGUUUCGUAGUGUGGUUUUCAGCACCCACCCUGUUCCCCCCGCCAUGCCCUGCCAACCUCCUCUUCAGUAGCCUUCCUUCUCCUUUCUCCCUGCCGGGAGCUGUCACCAUCAGAAGAAAUUUUUUAAGACUUCUAGAAGCAUCCACCCUGGUGCUUUACCCAGGGCUCCUUUACCCAGGGCAUUUAUCAGUGCUUUGAAUGAUGGCGUUUAUUCCCAUCCUAAAACCUGAGGUAGAUCGUGUAGGGUUAGAGGAUUGGAAAUCAGUUAACUCCUGGAGAAAAGAGUAAGGUUACGGCAGAACUCACAGUGUUCUUAGCAAAGGUAGUUUCUUCUCCCGGAGUAUGCUUCUUGGUGGAGACAGGGAAGAUGCUUCCCUUUCUAUUCCCAAGCCAGGACUAGUCAAUCCUGAGUACUAAAAGAGAGGAAAAUUUUUCAAGGUUUGAAGUAGCUAGCUGCUUGCUCCAUGUUGGGCGCCUGCAGCUACUUCAUCAUCUGUGUUUUCCCAAGUCAUUCACUCUCCCAGACUGCCAGCUUCCCCAUCUUUGUGAUACACUAUUGAGCUGACUGUGUUAAGGUCGUCUAUCCUAUUUACUUUGUAUCUUUGGAGACCCUUUUGACAUCUGUAGUUCGGAAAGUACUUACUUAGUGCCUAUAACCCGCUUCACCCCACCCCUGCCAGCCUCAGCCUUGUUCCCUUCUGUGCCUAGAGGAAGUAAAUUCAUGCUUAUACUUUAGAUGCCCUCAUAGGUUCUGUCUCCCUCUUUACACCCUACUAGAAGAAGGGAGAGUAAGUCACAUAUUCUGGCAUAUAUGCACAAGUAGACCAGGCAGUGGCUUCAUCCUGGGCUCUGGUCCUGGCUUCUCAAAGAAGGCUAAAAAUAAGUAGAAUUCCUGAUAAUCUUGGUCAGAGGUUACUACCAGCUGGGCUUGCUGGGAUCACUGUAUCAGUUAAACUGACACGUCAGACCAGCAACCCCGUGAAGUUCGUGCCAAUCCCAGUUGAGCAGCUUGUUUUAUGAAUAUCAGAAUUACUAGUCUCUCACGUGUACCUGCAUCUAGAUGCCAGCAGAUGUAACGGUAGUGAAAUGUAGAGAGGCCCAGGAACACUUACUGCUACUGUGCAUGAUGAGCCAGGAAAAGGCUGGCGAUGAGGUAUGACAGUGUGUUAGCCUGCAGACGUCCAGGUGAGUAUAUCCAAGGGACAGCCUCCAGCCACACCCAGCACCACACGGAUAUAACCAGCAUGUGAUGGACCGGUCCAGGGGAGACCGUUUCCAUUGCUUCUUUAGAAACAAAAAGAACCUGUUUAGAAAGAGAUUCAUGGUUGCAGAGACAGACUGGCAAAAUGUAAAUGUUUCCUUAUUUAGAUACUAUGAACAGAUAUUAUUUAUGUUAAAAUGUCUUAAUAUAGGAAACUUUUUAAUUUAUACAUGAACUUUAGUACAGAAAAUGUUACAAGGCUAUUUCCCCUCAGGCCUGUUCUUUCAUGUACUUGCAUAUAUUAAAUGCCAGUUAUUGAAUUAAUUCUCUUGUAAUAUCUAGAUGUCUCAUGUAUCUGCUGCAAGAUCCUUAGGGUAGUUAAGGUUGUAAAAUCUUCUAUUCAGCUGACUGGGGUUACCUACAGACUUUCCUGACACCGGCAAUAUUCCCCAUUAUUUUGACAUUAUCACUCAGCCUAGUAUGUUUCCAUAAACAUGGUAAAGUCACAUAUUUUUUUAGUCUAAGCUUUCAAUGUUGUCUAAAUAUUUUAUUAACAAUAAAUUAAUUGUAUAAUAUUAGUUUUUUAUUUUUUGUGGGCUAUUGUGUCUGUUUCAUGACUUUGGGGGAAGAUGUACAAAGUAUCUUCUGUUCAUUUUCAAGAGCUUAGGAGACUUUUGGGAAGGCUUUUAAUGACUUCUUUGGGUAAAGGUUUGUAUCCACGUUAACAAGUCAGGCUCCAGUGGAUUGAAAUUGCUGUUGCAUGAAAUUGCUUUUCUAUUAUUUACAAUUGUGUUCUUUUCUUGAAUUUUCUUCUUUCAGAGAAGAGUUCCAGCCACAAAUGCAUAUGUGAUGCAUGGUAACUUUUACUGCUAAGGUGAAAUGCAGACACGAAAAGGAUACAUCCGUUUGAGUGUUCUCAGAUAGGAUUUCAUGCCUUUCUCGUGUUUUCCAUGCUCCUGACGUUCUUUUCUUAAAUGUUUAAGAUUGUAACGGUUAAACAGCUUAGGACUUGCAAGCUCAGUGUUUCUGAAUGAAGAUCACAAGUAGAGAUUUUAUUACAGCAUAAAUACCUCAGAGGAGUCCUCGGCCUAGGUCCGUACUGUGUUCCUUCAUCAGCUGUGACCUGAAGCUCCAGCUUCUAGGAUGGCAGACAAGCUUCCCACAGAGUUUGAUGUGAUUAUAGUAGGGACAGGUUUGCCCGAGUCCAUCCUGGCAGCUGCAUGUUCGAGAAGCGGACAGAGAGUUCUGCAUGUUGACUCAAGAAGUUACUACGGAGGGAACUGGGCCAGUUUCAGCUUUACAGGUUUGCUGUCCUGGCUGAAGGACUGUCAACAGAGCCAUGACAGUGAGGAAGACACGACUGCCUCGUGGCAAGACCUGAUCCAUGACACUGAAGAAGCCGUCGCCCUUUGUGGGAAGGAUGGAACCAUUCAACACACAGAAGUCUUCUGUUAUGUCAGCCAGGAUGCUGGGGACAGCACUCAAAAGACCGAUGCUCUGCAGAGAAGUCCUUCCUCAGAGGCAUCUGCUACCCUGGCUGACUCUCUGGAUCCUGCAGGCUUGCCCAAAGAAAGGCACUCAGCGUACUGUUCAAGCCACGAAGCGCCUUCUAAAGAUACAGAGAGAAGUGAUAGAGAGCCUUCAUCGUCCCCAGCUGAUGCAGAGAACUCACUGGAGAAAGAAAAGGACCGUGAAGAUGAAACUGGCACCCAGACGCUUUCAGAUAAAGAUGAAGACACACUUGAUGUAGAAGACAACACUGAGCAACCAAAGAGAAGCAGGAUUACAUACCCUCAAAUGAUUAAGGAGAGCCGGAGAUUUAAUAUUGACUUAGUAUCGAAGCUACUGUAUUCUCAAGGAUCAUUGAUUGAUCUUCUCAUCAAAUCAAAUGUUAGUCGUUAUGCAGAAUUUAAGAACGUCACUAGGAUCCUUGCAUUUCGGGAAGGGAAAGUGGAACAGGUGCCUUGCUCCAGAGCAGAUGUCUUUAAUAGUAAAGGGCUCACUAUGGUUGAAAAGAGGAUGCUAAUGAAAUUCCUCACAUUCUGUCUAGACUAUGAACAACAUUCUGACGAAUACCAGGAUUUCAAACAAUGUUCAUUUUCUGAGUACCUAAAAACUAAACAGUUAACGCCCAGCCUCCAACAUUUCAUACUGCACUCAAUUGCAAUGACAUCAGAGUCAUCCUGCACUACAUUAGAUGGCCUUAAAGCAGCCAAAACCUUCCUUCAGUGUCUUGGACGGUUUGGCAACACUCCCUUUAUAUUCCCUUUAUAUGGCCAAGGAGAAAUUCCCCAGUGUUUCUGCAGGAUGUGUGCUGUGUUUGGUGGAAUCUAUUGUCUUCGCCAUAAAGUCCAAUGCCUUGUAGUUGAUAAAGACUCCGGAAGAUGUAAAGGAAUCAUAGACCACUUUGGUCAGAGAAUAAGUGCCAGCUAUUUUAUUGUGGAAGACAGUUACCUUUCCAAGGAAGCGUGUUCAAAUGUGCAGUAUCAGCAGAUCUCGAGGGCCGUGCUCAUCACAGACCGAUCCAUCCUGGAGACAGAUUCAGACCAGCAGGUUUCCGUUCUGACAGUGCCUCCUCUGGAGCCAGGAACUGGUUCCGUUCGGGUCAUGGAGUUAUGCCCAUCCACCAUGACGUGCAUGAAGGACAGCUAUCUGGUCCACCUGACCUGUGUCUCAUCAAAAACAGCCAGGGAAGACUUGGAACCUGUGGUGAAGCAGUUAUUCAUCCCUUUUACAGAAGCAGAAGACCAGGAAGAACUCAAAAAACCGAGACUCUUGUGGGCUCUUUAUUUUAACAUGAGAGAUUCCUCGGGGGUGAGCCGAAGCUCAUACUGUGGCUUGCCUCCCAACGUGUACGUCUGCUCUGGGCCUGACUGUGGACCGGGGAAUGAGCAUGCCGUCAAGCAGGCGGAAGCACUGUUCCAGGAGAUCUUUCCCAGCGAAGAGUUCUGCCCCCCUCCACCAAAUCCGGAAGACAUUAUCUUUGAGGGUGAGGGUUAGCAACCAGACGCUCCUGGAGUCAGUAUUACGCUUACCACCUAGCUCGACACCCCAGGGACAACAAGAACUUGCAAAGCCCAUGCCACCUUCGAAAUUAAAGCAGACUGGAAAUAUUUUCAUUCUAACCUCAAAAUAGCGUCAUUUGAAAGACAGCUGCCAUUUGUGAUAAGUGUUGUUGACAUGUCUUCAACACUAAGACACUGGGUACCUAAUAGCUCUGCUAAUCUGUCAGCAGCUAACUGAUUUGUGGUGACUCAGCCUUUUUGGUUCUGAGCUGGCUCCAGGAAUCCAGAAUCUCUGAGUGUCGUUAGCUUUCUUUUACUUUUGGGUCCCCCAGUGGCAACUUUGCUUGUCUUAAUAGGUAAUAUCGCACUUGCUUCUGUGUUCAGGCUUUAUCAUUAUCUACACAAAACUAAUGUCCAAGGACUAUUGUAGUUACUGCUGCAGCUACUACUGUUGCUACCACCUCAGAUGCAUAGAGAAGCACGUAAGUCCUAAACUGUGUGAGUUCUUUGUAUAUCGUGUAAACACAGAGCUGGUAGUAGGGGUAGCAGCUGGUACACGUGCUCAUUUGAUAAAACACAGCUGUCUAUUAGAAGCGUGGCCAUGGUCCUGUGUCUUGGGGUUGAUAUUUACAUGUGAUUUCACCUGCUUGACCUUUGUGACUAAGGAGGCAGUGAGCCUGCCGUGCCCUGCUGCUUUGUAGAAAGAGUGCCUCUUAGGAGUCGAAGAAGCUCAUUUAUAAGAGAUUUGCAAUCAGGCAUGGUGGCUUAUUCAUGCAAUGCUGUUAUUCAGGAAGUUGAGGCAGAAGGACUCCUGUAAAGUCCAGGCCAGCCUGGGCUAUGGUGUUGAGUCUCAUUUCUAAACAAAACCAAACUCUCUACCUAUCCCAAAAAAGAAGUAUAUUACAGAAAAAUUAAAGGGACCAGAUUUAUUCAGAAAAUUUCUAUAGAGCUGACACUAACACUUAAGAGAACUUCUAACAGUUAAUUGAGGCGAGCAUUAAUUAAUAAGUUACCCUAGAAAAAGUUUCUUCUGGUUAGGUGUUGAGAUUCCCCAAGAAGGAAUAGUGGUGUAUCUUAACGCAAGGUUAUAGAUGCCUAUAAAUUUAGAGGUUUCUCUAUCCAGGUUUCUCAGGGUGAAGCGUGACACCUGGUUGGCUGUACUGCUUUAUAAACAUUGGUAACUGACAGAGAAUGUCUCUUCUACUACUUGUCUGUUACCCGGAGAACGGGAGGGAUGCUUUCCCUCCAGAACCAGCUGCUGCACCCGGCAGUGAAAGCCCUCUACUGUGAGAAGAGGCACAAUGUGUGCGUAGAAGACAGUGUGGUCUGAAUAGACUCUUGCUGCCCAUUAGUGAGGAAAGUGAGCCAAGACAUUUAAGUGAAUGAAAGUGCGCUGAGAGCAGAAAGCCACCCAUUGGUCUUGGUGUGGGUGUUUUUUGUUUUUUUUUUUUUGAUAAAUCCAUAAUAUUGGGUAGAUCUUAAGGAUUAAAUCCAGCAUGACAAAUGAAAUAUCCUAAAAGUAGAAAUUAAGAGAAAAACAAUUCUAAGAUAGGUAAAAUGGAGGUGAGAGUAAUUCAAACCCACUUCAUAAGGUUUGCCAGCACCACAGCCUGUUCAGAAGACAUUAAAGGAAGGGGGCAGAGCUGUGAAAGAUAAACAGACGCUAUAGAAGACAGCUGAAUGUAAUAGAAGUAAGGACUAGACUGGGCCAAAGCUGGGGGCAGGGGAUGCGGGGAACGGUUGUUUUUGUUUUCUAACUAAGAAAGUGAAUAUAUUAGUUUAAAUGAGCACAAAGCAAUAAGUGGAAGUGAGUCAAAUGAGCAAAAGGCAUUUAAGAAAUAUAACGGGCAUUACUUAAUUUUCUAACAAGUUAGAAUGGGCUUAUUGGAAGAUUUCAGGUGUUUAAGAAAUCAUAAAUGCUGCCUUUCACGAAUUAUAUUUUGACUCAAUUAGGGCUCCACACUAAAAGUCAGACAAAAUCACUCAUUCUAGCUAGGGAAAAGCUGUAGAGUAAAAUGUUGCCCGAAGAGGUAACAACCAACAGAGACAGUUACUUCCAGUGACUCAGGAUGAGACGGCUGUGUCUAGUAUAGUAGCCGUGCAUCAGCAUGAACAGAACCCACGGUGCUACCUGCACUAACUAGACACUUCCAUUUGCUUUAAUUAUGUUUACUAAUGAUUUUGUGGGCGUUUCAUAGCAUGAUAAGCAACCACUUAAAACUUAACUUGAAUUUCUAUUGGGAAAGCAUGUGUGAACCAUUUCUCAAGCAGAAAUGGACAGCCUUGGUACAUUUUUAUCUGUAUAUGGCUGAAAUAAAAGUCACUGGGAUAAAAAUACAAAGUAAAGUUAUAGAAAGAAAACAGAGCAAAUAUAUUCUUUUUCCAUGGCUUUAUAAUUCUCUAAACCUGUAUUAUCAUAUAAAUAUACUAUGAACAGAAGAUAAAUUCACAAAUAUAUUCUUUUUCCAUGGCUUUAUAAUUCUCUAAACCUGUAUUACUGUAUAAAUAUACUAUGGACAGAAGAUAAGGUCACAAGUUGCAAGGAACAUAGUUUUUUGAAAUCUCUUUUCUAGAUUCCAACAGUGAUGGAAUUUUAAAAAGUAUUGAUACUGGUAUAUAUGAGCGCCUUUAAAAAGUUUGUAGCUAUAUUAGAGUAAUUUAAGAAAGAUACUUAAAUAGAAGGCUUAAUGAAUGAGCUAAAUUUAAACUUUGACUGUGCCUCUAUGAGAGAUGUCUUGGCUUGAAGGAAAUGCUACAAACACAGGGAGACCACAGAUCAUUUAUUACUCGUCUGAGCUCAAGACUUUUAGCUUUCAUUUUCCAUCUAUGGAAUAGAAAUAAUAUUUAACAGAAUUACUGUGACUAUUAAGUUGGAUAAUGCAUAAGAACCCUUAUCCAAAGUAAUUCUAGCAUGUGGCAUAUGUAUGUAAUUGAUAAUUAUUACAAUUAAAUAUCAUUUGUGAUGUCAACCAUAUGCUUCAUGUAAUUUGAGAGAACUGUGAUAAAUUAUGCAAGAAAGUAAGUGAGGAAACACAUCUUCAAU